CUCACCGUGUUUCAGUAAUCCUGUUCUCCAGCCGCACCGGCUCCUGCAUACGCAAGUACUGAUAUACGUAGAUAACACGCAUACAUAUCUUCUCUGUUGAAUUCGUCGAUUUGUUGAUCUUCUGAUUUUUGAGGGUUUUGAGAUGGCAUCGGUUGAGACUCUGCGGCCCAUAACUCACAGGAACGUCUACCCGUAUUCGAAUUGCAAUCUUCACUACUCUCAUGCAUUGUGCUUAUACCACAAUCGAUCUAGGGUUUUCCGCCAUAGCACUCACCGUUCUGUCCCGAGUUCCAUCGCCGCUCCUUCAGCGAACCUAAACACACAAUUAGUUCCUUCGAAAAACCUAGAUAGGUUCACUCUAUGGGGUGGUUUCUUGAAGAAUCACGGACCGAGGGAGUAUAGCAGGAUCUUAGCGAAUUGCCAAGACGGCGAUUCGACGUCGAGUCCGAGUGGAAAAAGUGAGGCCAAGCCGAGUGAGGGCGAGGCAGUUAGCGGUAACUCGACGAGCUCGGGUUCUUCCUCAGCAUCGAAUCAGAAGAGGGAGAAGCAAGGGAAGAGCCAAUGGUUUUUGUCGAAUGGAGGUAAGUGGAGAUGGCAGCCGAUAAUUCAAGCGCAAGAGAUUGGGGUUCUGCUUUUACAAUUAGGAAUUGUUAUGCUUGUUAUGCGGUUACUACGGCCUGGGAUUCCGUUACCUGGCUCGGAGCCAAGGCGGCCUACGACCUUUGUGAGCGUUCCCUACAGUGAGUUCUUGAGCAAGAUUAAUGGCAACCAGGUGCAUAAAGUGGAGGUUGAUGGGGUGCAUAUAAUGUUUAAGAUGAAAAGGGAGGGAAGCAGCCAAGGGGGUGAGGUGGGUGCUAAUAGGUUUCAGGAAUCAGAGUCGUUAAUAAGGAGUGUGGCGCCAACAACGAGAAGGAUUGUGUAUACGACAACAAGGCCAGCUGACAUUAAGACUCCAUAUGAGAAGAUGCUUGAGAAUGAGGUGGUGUUUGGGUCACCAGAUAAGCGUUCUGGUGGAUUCUUGAACUCGGCCUUGAUAGCUUUGUUCUAUGUUGCUAUACUUGCAGGCCUUCUUCAUCGAUUCCCUGUUAGUUUUUCUCAGCACAGUGCUGGUCAGCUUAGAAACCGAAAGUCUGGAGGUUCUAUUGGGGCAAAAGUCUCUGAACAGGGAGAAACAAUCACCUUUGCUGAUGUUGCUGGUGUUGAUGAGGCAAAGGAAGAGCUAGAAGAAAUUGUGGAAUUUCUUAGGAAUCCAGACAGGUAUAUACGGCUUGGUGCUCGUCCUCCUCGUGGAGUGCUUCUGGUGGGCCUUCCUGGGACUGGUAAGACACUUCUAGCAAAGGCUGUAGCAGGGGAAGCUGAAGUGCCCUUUAUAAGUUGUUCUGCGAGCGAAUUUGUAGAAUUGUAUGUAGGUAUGGGGGCCUCCCGCGUGAGAGAUCUUUUUGCACGGGCAAAGAAGGAGGCACCAUCAAUAAUUUUUAUUGACGAGAUAGAUGCCGUGGCAAAAAGUCGUGAUGGUAAAUUUCGCAUUGUUAGCAAUGAUGAGAGAGAGCAAACUCUAAACCAGUUGCUCACUGAGAUGGAUGGGUUUGACAGCAACUCUGCAGUGAUUGUCCUUGGAGCAACAAACCGAUCUGAUGUCUUAGACCCUGCACUUCGCAGACCUGGGAGGUUCGAUCGUGUGGUUAUGGUGGAAACACCAGAUAGAUUUGGAAGAGAAGCGAUUUUGAAGGUGCAUACUUCUAAGAAAGAACUUCCUCUUGCAAAGGAUGUUGAUCUAGGUGAUAUUGCCUCUAUGACCACUGGAUUUACUGGGGCAGACCUUGCAAAUCUUGUGAAUGAAGCUGCUUUAUUAGCUGGCAGACAAAGCAAAAUAGUUGUGGAGAAAAUUGAUUUCAUACAUGCAGUAGAGCGAUCACUAGCUAUGACAACAAUUCAGGCCGCCUUCACGACUAUUGUGUGCAACAAUGUCAAGCAGACUGCUCCAACGCGACUUCCAAGUAGGAAGGAAAUAUGCCCUGCUCCCAGGAGCUUAACUCCUAAAGCCACAUUAACAUUCGAUCCCUCUACAACCAACCCAGUGAAAACUGAAAAAAGAAAGCAUACAGUUGAUCCUGAUUCUCCCGAAUUUUUGGCUAUUCCAUCAUUUGAAGAAUGUUUUCCCAAAAGCACAAAGCUGUACAGGGAAGUUAUUCAUGAGCAAACAGGUCACUUGCUCAAGGUUCCUUUUAGGAGAGUUCACUUGUCCGGGGGUGAACCAGACUUUGACACAUAUGACACAAGUGGUCCUCAGAACAUCAACCCACGUAUUGGACUUCCUAAACUACGCCAAGACUGGGUUGACAGAAGGGAAAAGUUAGGUGGGCCAAGGUACACUCAGAUGUAUUAUGCUAAGAAAGGAAUUAUAACUGAAGAAAUGUUGUACUGUGCUGCUCGUGAGAAGCUUGACCCAGAGUUUGUUAGGUCAGAGGUUGCCCGUGGGCGUGCAAUCAUCCCUUCAAACAAGAGGCAUUUAGAGCUGGAGCCAAUGAUAGUCGGAAGAAAGUUUUUGGUUAAAGUUAAUGCAAAUAUUGGAAAUUCAGCUGUUGCAAGCUCAAUCGAGGAAGAAGUUUACAAGGUGCAAUGGGCAACUAUGUGGGGUGCCGACACUGUUAUGGAUCUCUCUACAGGACGCCAUAUUCACGAGACUCGUGAGUGGAUCCUGCGCAACUCUGCUGUACCUGUGGGGACUGUGCCCAUCUAUCAGGCUCUUGAAAAAGCGAAUGGAAUUGCUGAAAAUCUAACUUGGGAAAUUUUCAGAGACACCCUAAUUGAGCAAGCAGAGCAAGGUGUAGAUUACUUCACGAUUCAUGCUGGGGUUUUGUUGCGAUACAUUCCUUUAACUGCAAAGCGAAUGACAGGGAUUGUUUCCCGUGGAGGAUCCAUCCAUGCAAAGUGGUGCUUAGCUUAUCACAAAGAGAACUUUGCCUAUGAGCACUGGGAUGACAUACUGGAUAUUUGUAAUCAAUAUGAUGUGGCUCUGUCUAUAGGAGAUGGGUUGCGACCUGGAUCCAUAUUUGACGCAAAUGACACUGCUCAGUUUGCAGAGCUGUUGACCCAAGGAGAGCUGACUCGUAGAGCUUGGGAUAAGGAUGUGCAGGUGAUGAAUGAAGGACCUGGACACAUUCCUAUGCACAAGAUUCCUGAAAACAUGCAAAAGCAGCUAGAGUGGUGCAAUGAAGCCCCUUUCUACACCCUCGGUCCUUUGACAACUGAUAUUGCUCCUGGAUAUGAUCACAUCACCUCUGCCAUUGGUGCUGCAAAUAUUGGGGCUCUUGGAACUGCUCUGCUCUGUUAUGUAACACCAAAAGAACACCUUGGAUUACCAAAUCGGGAUGAUGUAAAGGCUGGGGUGAUAGCAUACAAGAUAGCUGCCCAUGCAGCUGAUUUAGCCAAAGGUCACCCACAUGCUCAAGACUGGGACGAUGCACUAAGCAAGGCAAGAUUUGAGUUCCGAUGGAUGGACCAGUUUGCUUUGUCAUUGGAUCCUAUGACUGCCAUGGCCUUCCAUGAUGAGACCCUGCCAUCAGAGGGUGCCAAGGUCGCACACUUCUGCUCCAUGUGUGGACCUAAAUUCUGCUCCAUGAAGAUUACAGAGGACGUGAGGAAGUAUGCUGAGGAGCAUGGCUAUGGGAGUGCUGAAGAAGCCGUCAAGCAGGGAAUGAAGGCUAUGAGUGCUGAGUUCUUGGCUGCUAAGAAAAUUGUCAGUGGGGAACAGCAUGGUGAGAUUGGUGGUGAAAUCUACCUGCCUGCAAGUUAUGUCAAGUCAGCCGAGAGGUGAAGGAUCGGUGAUUUAGGGGAAGUCGUCUGUUAGUCCCUAGAGCCCCUUUCCAUGACCGCUAGAGAGGCGACUUCAAGUCUUUUUCUUUCAGGAUGUAGGUAAGUCAAGCAUUGCAUAGCGAAUUUUCAGGACGGUUGAUCUUUGUUCUGCUUGUUUUUUAUGUCUCUGUAAUAAAAUGCUCUGGAGUCUGGACGCAUUUUCUAUCACCUGCAUUUUCACAAA